CAUGCUAUCAAAAGCAAGCUCAAUGUUUCACGAGCCUUGGUGCUGUCAGGUGGUAACAUGAUGGUGACCGCCCGAUGAGAAGAGUCAGGCUGUAGAACAUGUUAUGGCAGCUUGGUUAUGACUGGCAAUCGUUUGAUGAUGAAGCAUUUUUAAUUAACGCAUUCUGAAAAAAAAAAGUCUUUUUAGGCAAGGUAAGAACUUGUCAGGGAAACGGUCUGCUUGUGCCAGUGCGCAGAGACGCACGCGCCACUCACACGCGGGCGGGCGAGGCGCAGAGGCACAGCUCUCACAUCCUCCGAGCGCCCGAUGACUUAAUUUGUCGCACAGUUUUCGUGCGCUCGUACUUCUCGAAUCUUUGCGCUCUGUUCGCACCUGGAUCGCCGCAAUGGAGUUUUCCACUCUUCUCCCGGACUAUUACAACUCGGUCUCCGUAACUCCUUUCAAUGUUACGCGCUCUGAGGAUCUGGUUUCCAUUCCUGGCAACGAGGCCAACAAGGACAGAAGACUUGUCAUCCACGUUUGCAUCACGGCUCUCUACUCUCUCAUCUGUGUGGUGGGACUGGUGGGAAACGUGCUUGUAAUGUACGGGGUGGUCAGGUACACGAAGAUGAAGACAGCCACAAACAUUUACAUCUUCAACUUGGCUCUGGCCGACGCUCUUGCCACCAGCACCCUUCCUUUCCAGAGUGCCAAGUACCUGAUGAGCACGUGGCCGUUUGGGGAGGUCCUGUGUAAAGUGGUGAUAGCCAUCGACUACUACAACAUGUUCACCAGCAUCUUCACGCUCACCAUGAUGAGCGUGGAUCGCUACAUCGCUGUGUGUCACCCGGUGAAGGCCCUGGACUUCCGCACGCCCGCCAAAGCCAAGCUCAUCAACGUCGCCAUCUGGAUCCUCUCCUCUGCUAUUGGAGUCCCCGUGAUGAUCAUGGCUGUUACCAAGGUGACAGAAGAAGGAGUCACUUUGUGCUCUCUUGGAUUUCCUGAACCGGAUUGGUACUGGGACACGGUGAUAAAAAUCUGUGUAUUCAUUUUUGCCUUCGUGGUGCCCGUCCUGGUCAUCACCAUUUGCUAUGGGCUGAUGAUCCUGCGUCUUAAGAGUGUCCGUCUGCUCUCUGGCUCCAAAGAGAAGGACAAGAACCUGCGGCGGAUCACCCGGAUGGUCCUGGUUGUCGUGGCAGUUUUCAUAAUCUGCUGGACUCCCAUUCACAUCUUCGUCAUUGUCAAGACCGCUGUGAAAGUUGACCGCGAGAAUCUCCUGACUAUGGCCUGCUGGCAUAUAUGCAUAGCUCUGGGCUACACCAACAGCAGUCUGAACCCUGUGCUGUAUGCCUUGAUGGAUGAGAACUUCAAAAGGUGCUUCAGGGAUUUCUGCCUGCCCUAUCGCUCCCGCCCGGAGCAGAGCAGCUUCUCCAGAGCCCGCAACAGCACGCGGGAGCCCGCGUCCGUUUGUGCCCCUGCGCCGGCAGUGAAGCCGCCCGCCUGACUAGGUAUGGAUGAGCUGGGUGGGAGAGCAUUGCAUGAUGACCUUCAGACUGAAGUCACGCAGUUCUCCACCACAGGAGUCUGAAUUUAAACAUGCAGGCUUCGUAGCUGCUGUUUAAAAGAAUGAUUGAUUGUUUUUUUGUUUCAUAUAAUGAAACUUUUAUGUGUCACUAGGUUUUGGGGUGGGGGGUUAUUUCAGGACAAUCACAAACAUCCCCAUGUGUCCCUGUAUAUGAUAAUAUGUAUUAAAAAAUGCAUAUAAAUUACUGCAGUGUGUAAAAAAAUACACACCAAUAAUGCACCUAUCUGAACAGUGCCUGUGCACUGGGAAGCCAAAAAGCUGACUUUUAGCUUUAACUGUGUUUGUGGGAUUUCACAUCCAUAUUAGGUAAACAAUGGGAGUCAUUGCCCCAUGUGUGCUCAGUCCAUAGAUUAGCAGGAUUUCCAACAGGACAUUGAUCCUAAGCAUACAGACAUUGCCAGCAAGGUGUCUUUUUAUGGCCAAGAGAUGGCGAUUGUAUGAUUGGCCGAGUCAGUCAGCUGACCACAGUCAAAGAGAUCAUAUGUUUUCCUUGCUGAAAACGAGACCGACUGAUGAUGCCAGUCGUAGCUGGCAGAGCAAACACUGCUGUCUCCUCACAUCUGUGGACCACAGACUUUCACUGAUUUACAGACAAAUAUCAGAUCUGAGGACUUUAUUGAUUGCCGCUUAUUAUUCAUCUAACACUAAAAUUGUGGGAUCGUUUCAUAAAAGGGCUACCAAUCUGUUAAUCUUACACACAAACUGGUUUCACCCUGGAGGUUGAUUUGAUAAAGCUUUUUCAAAGCUGGUGACCUUUUUAGCCAAUGUGCACUCUGCCGCUUUAACUGGUCAUUGUAUCAGAGUGAGGUAGAGGUUCCUUUUUGUUUGGCGUUUUUGUUGGAAGUCUACUAAAAAGUGUCUCAACAACUGUUCAGAAUGUGCACCAGUUUUCUAACAUCUUAUUUUUUCAUUUACAAAUGUUUAUUCUUGCAAUUUAAUGAUUAGAAAUUGCAUGUUUAUUCUCUUUUGUUAGCUCUGUUAGCUAGUAAAACCUCCACUAUCUUAUUGCUGUUGAGCUGAGUGAUAAUUCUCCAUGGGCUGGUCACUAAAAGCAGAUUCUUUCAUGUCAACACGUUUAAAAACUCACUAAUAUCAUGAAUCUUAGGUUGAAGCUUUAUUUGCUUUCUGUUGGUGAUGUCUGAACUAGCAGAUGUUUCGCAUAAGGAAAGAUGCCGGUUAAACAGAUAUCAAAAAACAUGACAAUACUGCCUUCGUGAUUAAGCAGUGAUGACUGUUUGGCUGACUGUUUCCUGUCCUGUAGCAGUUAGGCGAUAACCAAAAAGCUGUUCAGCUGGCAGAUGGGUGGCAAGCUGAAGGGGACAGUGGAAAUGCUGUUUCAAGUCACCGAUAGAUCACUAAAUAGCCUCAAAUUGACCUGGAGGAAAAUCUGAAUUAGAUCAAAUGCAUUAGUGAGCAGGAAGAAUCUUCCUAAACAUAUUAAACCUAAUGGACAAUUUUCCAGUGAUGAUUGCUGGACAUUUACACAAGAGAGAGAAUUCAAAUUGAUGCCUCUCAUUUUGAUAGUGCAGCAAUGCAGUGUUGCUUUGGCAGUAUUGUGUAUAUACACGAGUACGUACUGUGUCAGAUGUGUACAUAAUAUCAUGCUGUAAUGAUAUUUUUCAGUAUUUUCAAUGUGAUUUAUUUUAUUUCAGUGUGCUGUCGAGCUGUCGUACCAUCAAGUCAAAUCUGAUAUAACUAUAUACACAUAGUUAAAAUGUGAGGAGAAGUAUUCCAGAUCUUCAAAGGAAAUAGGUCCCUGUCUCCUGUCUGGACAAUCUCUAACUGGGUUUUUUAUAGGCACAGUAAAACUGUCCUGCAGUGUGGAUGAUAAUAUUUGCAGCUGAAUGAAAGUAAGUACCGUAAUGCCUUUUUCAACUUGUGUUUAGGUGUUUUUGCAGACGUUUGACUGUUUGUGCUUGAUCUUUAAAAUCUGUUUAUAUUCUGCAGUAUCUAAAGUACUUUAAUGUGCAUAUGUAAUAACUGCUUUUGUUUUUGCAACAACAAAAAAAGAAGCACCACUGUCAUACAGACUAGUAUAAGUUGUAUCUUGGACUUUUAUUUUGAAAUAUUGUUGAUUAUCAUUACUGUUUCAAUAAAACAUCCACCUUUAUGUGAUCAUUAUUACAGAUCCUGUUAAAACUUAUUGACAGUGUGGAAGUUUCACAUGUGAUCUCUUGGUUGGAUUGAGUAUAAUGAUCAGGGAAUGCAGAUGGGACACAGUGUCAUCUGUUGGCCUGAGCAUCGGGCGUUGAGGUAGGCACAACACGUUUUAAGUCCAUGAUUAAAUCAAGCACAAUUUGAAAUAAGUGUGGAAUAAUCCUGUGAUCCUUGUAUGAAUGGAAGGCUGAGGCUGGUAAUCUCCUAUACAGCACUGUGCAAAAGUCUCGAGACACCACUCACUUCUUUAUAUUUUGCUAGGAAAUUUAUUGGGAAAAUUAUAUGGGAUAUGUAUUGAAACACAUGUGAACAUUUGCGGUUAUUUGUUCUGUUCUGUGAAAAUGAAUAGCCAGCUCUUGUUCCCACUGAUGCAAAUUACAAUUUCAUGCAGUGAAGUCAUAACAACAACCGGUUAAAACUGGUUUGUUGUCUGGAUUUUGAUAUUUAAUUCUACCUUUUUAUAUUUAUUUAGGUUACCAGUCUAAUCAUAUUCUGAUUAUUAAAAAUAAUCUGCUUUUCUUGUCACAUAAUAAAAAGGCAUACAAUUCUGUAUUCACACAAGUUAUACACUUCAAAUGUAAAUGAAGGUGUAAUAACAACAACAACAAUAAAAACUGAUUACAAAUCAUUUAGCUUUACUUCAUUAUAUAAUGACUGUAGCUUUUGUAUGUCUGUAUAUCUCCUCCUAGACAAGUGGAACAAUUUUGAUGAAACUUUGGUCAAAGACUACCAACUUCUGCAUUUUAUAGAAAUCCCUCAAUCAAAUAUAUUGUACAUUUGACACUUCAACCGUGCACUGAAUGAAACUGAACGCCAGCAUUGACUCAUGCUCUGGAAUAUCAGAUAAGAACGGUGUGUCAACUCAAACACAUUUCUGAAAGACUUGGUUCAUGUGGGAUACUUAUUUGACAGCUAUAUCAACAAGCCUUUCCACAGCCUGCCUUUCUGCUUGUUUGAAUGCUGUCCUCUUGCAGGGGCAGCAUAUGAAGCGUGGUUUGUUCACAGUCGUGAACAGUGGUAACCCCUGGUGUGCAGUGGGAAAUGGACUGGUUCUUAUAUAGUUUUUAUUCUGCACUAUACUGACGCAUUCACCAACUUAUACAAGCACUUUUAUAUAGUUUAUAUGGUUUUAGUUUUAUGUAUUUCUAAAAAACUAAUCAUUUCCCUUACAAGCUGCCACGGCUUAUGCUGCAAUGCAUUCUGGGUAGCUAGUUCAAAUGGGUUGCACUCAGAAUCCUGAAUUGAAGAAUUCAGAAGAAACGUCUACCAUCAGUUUUGCUCAACUUCAAAGCCACAGCACUGAUGACAGAUCCACAAUGUGUGAAUUCAUGUCCAGUGCUCUUACAUUCAGUCAGUUGGCUACAGCGGCCGUCUACACCUUCAAAUUACAUUCUGGUUUCUGCAAGUCCUGCUUAAAAACCAGUGUUUAUCUUCCCAACUUGUAUUUCUUUUCAGAGACCUUUGCAUUCUUAACCUCUUAACCGCUGCUCCGGCUCAAAGCGGCCUUUCCAUUACGUCCCAUGACGUAAUGCGUCAUUCGGUUACGUCGCAGAGACCUAGCGCUGCCUUUGAUCCAAAACGUAUAAAGAGCCUGAUAUACGUGUUUAGAAACGUACUCUCGCUUUUAGCGAUGAGUGCACAGAUUAUUUUUUCCCCCAGCUGUAAAACUUUGAAAAAAUGGUUUUGAAUAAGUCUUCUUCUGACAGUGAUGAGGGUAUAGGUAUGAACGUCCUUAUCCAAAGUAAAUCAUGUAAUUACAUGGUAAGAAAGCUCCCCGGAGAAGGAACUUUUGGACGAGUGCUGAAAAGUGUAAAAUUAGACACUUUUGAAACAGUAGCAGUCAAGGCUGCUAAGCAAUACGACUGGGUUGCUUGGAAAGAGGCUGCUGCUAUAAAAGAAAUGAGUGUUCUGGAUAUCGACCAGUGCAAUUUGGUCAAGUACUACGAAAUUUUCGACUACAAAUGUCAAACCUUCAUUUCAAUGGAAAUGCUAGACAUUAGUCUGCAUGAUUUUGUGAAUCAUAGGUACUGCUAUCCACUGCUUCUGCAUGAGAUUCGGGUCAUUUUAAAACAGAUGUUUGUGGCUCUUAUCACUCUGAAGAGCAUAGGUAUGAUGCAUGCAGACAUUAAACCCGACAAUAUAAUGCUGGUAAAUCAAUCUCAACAGCCGUUUAAAGUUAAGGGCAUUCCUGUCAAUGAAUCUGCAGAUUUGUGGGCUCUUGGUCAUGUCGCAGCUUUUCUAUAUUUGGGCAAACACCUGUAUCCUACCAGGUGUGAGUAUGAGAUGAUGCAAACUUUUCUUCAGGUGCUUAGUCAGCCUAAUGACAGCAUAUUAGAGAGUGUGUCGCACACCAAGAAAUAUUUCUGGAAGUGAAAAGAGGUAAUGAAAUACACAUGGGUACUGAAGACACCAGUUCAAUAUUCAGUAUCCACAGGCACUUUCAUCAAACAAAGUAAAACAGACAAAUUCACAUGCAUAGAAGAUUUAUCCAAUCACCACCUACGGCCAAACACAGAAUCCGAAGUGGAAGACACACUGGCAUUUUUAAGCCUACUCAAGUGGAUGCUGUGUUUGGAUCCUGUAAAAAGAAUCACACCUGUUGAGGGUCUGGGACAUCGUUUUAUUACAAUGGAACAUGUUCCCGAGGACCCUGCAGUAGAUUGCUAUGUGGAGUCAUCCCGCAUGAGCAUGAACGUGUGCCCACCCCUCAGUCCAGAAAAUGAAAUCGAAAACUUUGUUUUUAUGAUUUCAAGUGAAAUCAUAAAAAACAGAAAACAAAGCAGUCGAGAAUCUAGACUGUCAUCCACUUCUGACAACCGUGCAAUCGCAGCUGAAAUCCAAAGAAACCGACAAAAUAGAGCAGCUGCACGCAACAAGGAUCAGCUCACAUUUAGAAGGCUUGCAUGGCAUGCAGAAGAUAACAUGUCUUGGGGUAAAAAGGUCAAUCCACUCCCUGCAGAUAAAUCAGAUCAGCAGAGGCUGGGUGUCAAACCUGGGAUGACCCCCCCCCCAAAAAAAAAAAUCUGGUAGAAUCCAGUGAUUCUAGCAAAGUACAAGUACCUGUACAAGUAGAGACAGCAGAGAAGGAACAGUCAAUAGAGAUCCUGCUAAACGUCGGAUUUCAUUACAGAAAAGGGUCAAAAACUUUUUCUUAAGGCUGUUUGGCUUUUCUUCAAAUUGAAGAAACUUAACUUUUUUGCCAUCAACCCUCCCCAACCGGUCAUGGCAGAUGACAUGGCAGCUUUCCUGAGCCUGGUUCUGUCACAGGUUUCUUCCUGUUCAAAGGGAGUGUUCUGUCCUGUCCACCAUUGCCAAAGUGCUUGCUCAUAGGGGAUCAUCAGGUUGUUGGGGUUUCUUUCUUAUAUUGUAGGGUCUUUACUCUACAGUACAAAACGCCUUGGUGCAACAGUUUGUUAAUUUUUAAAGAUGUAAAAAAUGAAAUGUAAUCAACUUUAAUCAACUCUUACUUUCAAGGUGUUUUUUGUUUUGUCACUGGUGUCAUUGUCUCUCGGUCUGCCACAUUCUGAUAAGUGUUAACUGAAUCUGCUUCAAACUUGAAUUGAUCAGAAUUUGAAUUGAAUUUGAAUUUGAGGUGACUGGAAAUACAGUAUAUGAGGCAAAUGCUGAGCUUGAAAGUCGAUAUUUGACAAAAUUUAUUCUUCAACACAGCAUGAACAUCAUUUCUUUAAGUAGUCUUCAGGAAUAGUUCUCCAGGCUUCUUGAAGGACAUUCAGAGCUCUUCUUUGGAUGUUGGCUGCCUUUUGUUCUGAUCUCUGUUAAGGUGAUCUUACACUGCUUCACUAAUACUGAGGUCGAGGCUUCGGGGGGGCCAAUCCAUGACCUAAUGGUGGUCCAUCGUGUGUUGUUCUAUCCAGGUAUGUUUUUUACUGCAUUGCCAGUGAGUUUGGGAUCACUGUCAUGGCAAAAAUGUAAGCUUCUAGAUGAUAUUGCAUGAUGGAUCGAAUCCAGAUCUGAUGAUUCUUUUCUGCGUUCAUAAUUCCAUCAAUCUUGACAAGAUCUGUCUCUCUGCUCUUGUUUCAGGUCUUUGCUGAAUUUUUUCGUUUUUCUUAAGGACAUGACUUUCAGAUACUGUUCAUAUGCUGUAGACAGUUGUUUAGGCCCACCAUUUCUUCUUUUGUCCUUAUUUGUCCUGUUUCAAUUUGGCAGAGUUUGGGGGGGCGGAAUACUAUUUUAUACCUGUCGAACUGUGUUUUAUUCUGCAUUUUUAAAUAGAUUUAACUAAAGAAAUGGUAACAAAUUAUCUGUUUUUGUGACCGGCAGCUAGUAACACAGAGGCUAAUCAUGCAAUUUAAAAUUGGUUCUGUUAUCUCUGUUACGUGUAGACACAACACUGGUUCAUCCCUUUAGUUAGGUGCCUUUCUAUCCUUCAGUGAUUCAUAGGUCAGUGUUAAAUCUUGUUAAGCAAACAAACAACAACAACAAAAAUCACUCUUCUGAAAGAAGAACUAUUGUUCAGGUGCGCUUAAAAAAAACACAACGCCACAAAGUCUGGCUCCUCAGAAACAAAACAUAACAAAGCAAGUGUUGGUUCAAGACUUUUGCACAAUACUGUAUUAUGCUAUUGUUAACAAAUCCCAUGAGAAGACCAAAAUCAACAUGCUAGUUUAACUCCCCGCUAAUUAAUGUCUUCUGCAGCGCCUCUUUGGCUCUAUAGCAAAUCAAAAUGAAAGAAAUAACGUGUCUUUGUGAUUGAUAAUGUGGUAAUGCUGUGCCUGCUCUAGCGAUGUGUUUUUAAUUAUAUUUUAUUUUUUAACUCAUCUUGGAGAAUACAAGGAUAGAACGAAUUUCUCCGCAGUGCAUUCAAAACAAUCUCUCACUGAGCAACUGCCUGAGAAGAAAACACUACAGACACGUUUAACACUUAAGUGACACAUGCUUGCAGCAAAUGUCAGCCAGGCUUGGGGAAGAUGAAGCGAACACAACAUCUUGGCCAUAUAUAUUUAUUUAUUGUGGCUGAUGGAUUAUGUGUUCAAAUGUUCAUUUUUUUAAAGACUGAUAAGAUUCUCUGCCCAGAAUGACUGAUGAUGUCUCAGAAAAAAGAAACCUUAGAUGACAUCAGGCUCUCUCAUCACUCUUGUGAAAGUUGAAAUAUAUCACUCAAACGCCUAGAGUGAGAAAUGUUCAGUCUUGAUGUCUCAGACGGUCCUGUGUAUUACAUCACAGUGCUAACAAAGAGAGACCAGACACAUCUGUGAUUGGGAGAGUGAAGGAAAGCAGAGCUUGCUGAAGAUUUCUUUCAACACUCACUAAAAGUGUGCUCCUUAUGACAGUUACAUGGCUCUGCCUGCACGUUCGCUGUUUAAAAGACAAAGCAUUAAAAAAAAUCAAGAAUUUAGUUAAAUACAUUUGUCUGGCUUCUGACAAGACUGCAUGCUCACCCCCAAAGCACCCAGAUUUACAGCACUGCCACAACUGUGACAUUUGCUUAAUUUUUUCAAUGUUUCACAUUUUCUAUAAAACAAGUACAGUCAAACACUGAGAUGCUGUAGUCCAGCUGCAGAGUGACACACGCUUAAUGAAGUGCUUUGGUGUUUUAACCCUCGCUCACGGCGGCUCAUAUGCUCAUAUUCAACAGAAUGGAGAACAGAGGGAAUCUGACUGAAGCAUUCACAACAGCGCUGCAUUGUGCAUGUCCCUGCUUACAUCGCUUUGCUGGGAGCAAAAGCUCAGAUUUGUUGUUUGGCUUAAUAAAAGACAAUUAUCUUGUUUGGGAGACUGGGAUAAAUACACAACUUGAGCUCCAUUAUAUCACGAUGACGCAGUCAAGUAAAUCUUUCAGUAUAAAACACAUAACAGACAUCUCUGCAUGGCUGACAAUCUCAUCUAGGCUGACAAUGCAGAACAGGGCAGAAUGCUGUCAGUCUGUUCUCUUACUGCUUCUCGCUACAGUAGAUUUGUAUCUGUAGACGGUCAGGUAGAGAUUAAACAUAAGAUUGAAUGAAUAAACCCAUUUCUAUUCCAGCUUUUUCUUUUCCAGGCUUUUGUUGUCUAAUUCCAAUUCUUUUUUAUGAGCUUUCUCUCUCUCUUUUUUUUUUAAAGAAACUGUUAAAUGUCUCGGUUUAAACAUCAGAUAGUGUUUGUGUGGUAAAGUGAA